ACCGCCUCUUCUUCUCUCUCCAGCACUUCUCCAGGAGAAAAUCAGCUUCACUACAACCCCUGUUAGACAGGGCCAUUUGUUUGUGUGUGUCCAUUCAUAGAGACGACCCACAUUCGUCAGUGUCCACUCCAGCUGUAGAGCCUGUCUGCACUGAAUGACAGAGAGGGAGACGGGAAGAAACAGGGGAAAUCUGUGGGGAGGCAGAUCUAGUUUACUGUGCUGCAAGCCUGAAGACAGGAUGGAUUUCUGCACAAAGUGAGCAAAGAGAAGCUAAACUGCACACAGUAAGCCAGAAUGUCGGGAAUGGACGUCCUGCUGGUGGACAACAACAAGACCGGAGUCACCCCGAUAGACAAUGGGACUUUUCUCCGUUUCUCCCCGACAUCUGCCUCUGCGUCAGCGGCUGCAUCGUCUCCAGGAAGUCGCCAGGGCAACGUCUAUGUCUACGUGUGGCUCUUCCUUGGGCUGCUGGUGUUCCUGCUGACGCUGCUCAUCAUCUCCCUCCACAGGCUGAAGAACAUCAUCUCAUCGUCUUCCUCGGUCCCUGACUGCAGCAGCGAGGGAGGGAGCUCCUUCACCAACAUGGAGAUCUGCAGCAUCUCCUCUCAGAGGUCCACCAUCUCUGUGCUCUCCACCUGAGCAAGCUUGCAGCGUGCAGACUCAUGUAUAAAUGCGUCGUUUUCUCUUUACAGGCUGAGGAUGCAUGCAAAACAAACAAAUAAACCAACAAGAAAAACUCCACAAGACCAGCUGAUGGAAUAAGAAUAUCCUCCCAUGCAUGCGUAUUUUAAUCCUGGAGGUUUAGUGACACUGAUGUCUAUAUGCAAACUGCAUAGCUACCACAGAGGUUACAGGGGUUAAAAGUCAACAUAUUCUGUUUAACCUGACUUGAACAACAAAAAAUGAACCUAGUGAAUACUUUCCCAUUGCAGGGAAAAUACAAAGUGAAAGACAAUUAUCCUUUUGUGUUGACUUUUUCAGUCUUAAGAAGUUUGUAAAUCAUAUCCUGAUGAAAUCUGUAGAUUAUGCUCCAAAACCCAGCAUUCUAAAAUAUUAAAUAUCUGAACUUUGUAAA